UCCCGCAGGUGGGAGAGGCGCAAGACGUGCGUCGCUAUUCUUAUUUUCUUCUGUUUGUUUGUUUGUUUGUUUUUAAAUUUAUUUGAACAAUCGGUUUCUUCUCCCCUGCCACCCCGAAGCUGGAUGUCUCCGGAGGGAAGCCCACCGCAUCCAUCCUGCGGAAAAAGGACACCCACUGUCAGAGGAAACAAUGGUAGCUGCCCAUUGAUAGAAGGGCUGAAGAAGCUCUGAAGAAAGAAACCAUGCUGAAGCGCCUUUUUAAGAUACCUUCCAUUCUGAGCCUCAAAAAAGACCAUCUAACAUAAUUCUGGAUUUAAUUAAAAAAAGAUGAAUUUGUGGUGAUUGUUCAUUUGGGUGUGUAGCCCUGGAGAUGUACCCUCUCUAGCUGCAGAGCUGACCACUGGAAAGGCACAGUGCAGGGAAACACUCUUGUGCUGCAAUACAGUAUUUCACACCAAGAGGUAUCUCAGCUGAGUGAAGAUUGCAAGAAUCUUGAAAUGAUUUGAACUAUAAUGGAGGGAUGCUUCUGGGAAGCUCCUGGAGAACUUCAGCACAGGGCGCCUAGUGUCUUUGCUCUUAUCUAUCUGUGUGAAAGUCCAAAAUGAACCACACUUGGACAUACAACCUAAGCUUUAAUGCACCUACAGAUACUCUUGAGCCAAGGGCUGCACUGUCACGAAAUGGACACACAGCAGUGGCUGUUUUUCUUGGAUUUAUCUUGGUUUUUGGUUUCUUCAAUAACUUGAUUGUCCUCAUCCUCUUCUGCAAGUUUAAAAUGCUGCGUAACCCAGUCAACAUGCUCCUCCUGAACAUUAGUAUCAGCGACAUGUUAGUGUGCAUCUCAGGCACUACCCUCAGUUUUGCUUCUAACAUCCAUGGCAAAUGGAUUGGAGGAGAGCAUGGUUGUAGGUGGUAUGGCUUUGUCAAUUCCUGCUUUGGCAUUGUGUCCCUGAUCUCCCUGGCUGUCCUGUCCUAUGAACGCUACAGCACUCUCACCCUGUGCAACAAGCGCAGUGCUGACUACCAGAAGGCGUUGCUGGCAGUUGGUGGUUCAUGGAUUUAUUCCCUGAUGUGGACUGUGCCCCCUCUGAUUGGUUGGAGCAGUUAUGGAAUAGAAGGUGCGGGUACAAGCUGUUCAGUACGCUGGUCCUCCGAAUCAGCUGAGUCCACAUCCUAUAUCAUCUGCCUUUUCAUAUUCUGCUUGGUCAUCCCUGUGAUGGUCAUGAUGUACUGCUACGGUCGACUCCUUUACGCUGUUAAACAGGUUGGAAAAAUCCACAAGAAUGCUGCCCGCAAAAGAGAAUACCACGUACUGUUCAUGGUGGUCACUACAGUUAUCUGUUAUCUUGUGUGUUGGAUUCCCUAUGGAGUUAUAGCAUUACUUGCAACAUUUGGUAAGCCAGGUGUGGUGACUCCAGUUGCAAGUGUCAUACCCUCCAUUCUAGCAAAAAGCAGCACUGUUUGCAAUCCCAUCAUCUACAUACUUAUGAAUAAGCAGUUUUACAAGUGUUUUCGUCAGCUUUUCCACUGCCAGCCUCCUUCCUCCUCUGAUGGAGAGCCCACCUGCCACUCCAAGGUAACUGUUUUCCAGCUGAAUCAGAAGACAGAUGGUGGAAAUGCAUUCAAUAACAAACCACGUCCAGAAACAGCCACUAAAAUGAUUUCUCUCCUGCACCCAGAACCAAGCAUGGAGCCAAUUUGAAAAGCUGUACCAUCCAUGUCUUUGGAAAAUUGGCUGUGAUGGAAAGUACAAGCCUUAACCAGAGUGUGUUUCAUUUCACUGCUACAUUACCCAGCUAACCUUAAAGUGAAUAAAGAAAAUUGCUAUUUGUGGGAUAGGAAAACUGUCAAGAACAAAAAUUUGGAUUAUCUUAUAAAUUUCCUUAAUAACAGUAAAGAUGGCCACAUCACUGCACAUAUGGUUCAAUAAUGACAAAAUUUUAGCAAUAUCAUUGACUUUCCUGUAAAACAGUUAAUUUAAUGGAGCAUUUAGAAGUGGUAGACCUUAAGUUCUUAGUGAUCUGUGGAUCAAUGUCCUCCAGAAUCAAUCUAAAAGGCACGCUGGGCUAUCUAGUUUAGCUCCUUGCCUUUCCUGCCUUGUUGCGUCCCAAUUCAUGUCUUGAGAUUUCAGAUUAGGUUGCCUGUAAAUAGCCAUAAUUUCCGACAGUCCACUUAAGUUUUUGCUCAAACUGGACAAUGAUAUUUUGAGGGAGGAAAGACGAUGACUCAACAGGCUAGUUUCUGAGUGAUAACAGCUAAUUUACAGCACAAAUUUGUGUUGAAGUCUAGGGCCAACAAACAGAAAGAUGAGAUAAAACAAUGAGUAGAGAUUAACACAUACAGAGGUGUCCCUGAACUACAGAAGCUUAUCUGUUCUGGCAGAAAUGGGAGCACUCCUGAGACUCUCAGACCUGGUGCACAUUUCAAAUGCCAAACCCUGCUCUGGGAAAAAAUGCUCGUCAGUGCCAAAUUUUUUCUCCUUUAGUGCUUCUAACCUCACAGACUCCCAGCCAAAGAGACAAACAGUGCAGUACAACCAGCACUCCCAUCCCAGUCACCUAUGGGUGACAUCCCAGGGCAUGCAGUAUGACACAUUCAGUCAUGAAGAACCUGAGAAGCUAGGUCCCUCCACUGUCACAGCCCUCAAAUUGUCCCUUGGAAUGAUGUGCUCCUGCUGUUUCAUUUGAAAACAGAAGGUGGAAUAGCACUACAUUAAAGAUGAAAGGGAGGGAGGGAAACCCCUUUCCCCUCAAAUGAGCUCUUUUUUGAAAAGCUGGGUUUUAGUCUUCACUAAAAUAGGAAAUAAAUAGGUUCAGUUCUGUCCUGUGCCUUAGAGGAUGUGAACCCCCCCUCCACAGGGAAUAGCCCUAGAGUUGUAGAGCUGUUACUGAAAUCUAAGUUCACAAAAAAAUAUAGAACUAACUGUCUUUAAAAGAACAGCCGCAGUUUAAACCAUGAGGUACCAGUCCUUAUACUAGAAUAUAUUCAAUUUUCUUUACUUUGUAAUGCCAUGUCUGCCUUAUUUUCCUUAGGUCCCUAAAACAGGGCUGCCAGUAGAGCUCCCCAGGCUAUGGCUCUCACAUUCCAGCCUAUGUUUUUAAGUACCACUCUAAUUAAGUUUCUCCCUUUGCUUGGUGUUAUCAACAUUGCAGAGAGUUACUGACAUCUGUAUCCAGCAGGUAUAACUGUGCCAAGCUGUCUAUAUUUUCAUCCACCUCACAACUCUCAAUUUCCCCAUUUACCUUCAGUUCUCCCCCAGUUCUCCCCCCAGAUCACCUUCAGUGAUCUUAUAAUUUUUUUUUUUUUUCGCAAUUACUAAUAGCUUUUUGGCACUUACACGAUCCCCAAAGUAGUUUUUACAUUAUGUUUAAACUUUUGUUUUGUUGCAAUUAAAAAGAUAAAGUGGAGGUGUGCUCCCAUUUGUUAUGUUUACACGACUCUCUGUAUUAUAGUUUCCUAGGCUCAUCCUCUGUGGACGAAUCUCUCCCACGCAUAUUAACCUGUAGUUUCCAAGUUUAAUUCCUUUCCCUAUAUUGCCCACAGAGGACACGCCUAUCUACUUAUUUCUUUCAUCUGUGUACUUUUCACAUCACUGCCUGAUUCGGUAAGUAAAAUCUGGAAAGCAAAGCCUACAGGCAAUCUAUAACAUGAAUAUGAAAAAAAGGGUGAAGUAUUCCUUAGAGUGAAUGCUGAGAGAAGUCCAUGGGGCAGAAGGCAAAGCCUGCUUUUCACCAGUGGGUCCUAAAAAAGCUCAGUAAAAAAAUAGAUUAACUAGAUGAAUUGGAUUCAUCUAGUAGCAGCAGUGCUACUAUCCUGCUUAGGCGAUUUGGUCAAGAACCUGUUACGCUCCAGUACAAACCAGCAGAAAUAUUGCCAAUCCGAGUGAUGACGUUGCCCUAAGAUCUGUGGAGGGGUCUGAAAGGAACUGUGCAGGCAGUUCAGAGUCCCCUCAGUGCAGGGACAACUCUGAAGUUACAUUAGGUUGCUUGGAGUCCUGUCCAGCCCACUGCUGAGUAUCUCCAAGGAUGGAAAUGGACCUGUUGAAUCUUUUCAGAAGAUUACUGAAGCAUGCAAAACUAAUGUUAUAGGCAUGACUCUGAAACCAGCAAGCGGGUGUGAAAAUGACCAUGUGGCUUUGUCUCUUCUAGAUACAAUGCUGGUAGAGAAUUCAAAACUUUUAGAUUGUAACUAUCCAAUCUCAAUUUCACAGUAAAGAGAAAGUCGGGGUAUCUAGCAUGCUUUUGUCUUUGGCAAACGUGAUUGGUGCAACCAUACGUUCAAAAUCACAACUGAAGAUAUUUCUAUAUAGGCCACUCUAAUAUUCUAAUACCUUUGCUGGAUUUUCAAAAGUUCCAUUUGGAUUACAACUGUGAAAAAGGAAAAAUGUAAAAUAAUUAUGCUUCUGUGGAGAAAAGUUGUUUUAUCAUUCAAAGGUGUGCUUUACGGAUGUUUUAUAGUUGAAUGGCAAUGUUCCUGAACCCUGCACUGGACAAAAAAAAAAAAAAGGAUUGUGAGCACAGAAUAUUCUUUUUGAAUAUUUUAAAAUAUAGUAUUCCAAAGAAAUGAUGGAGCUGUCAGAGAAACAGUCCACCUGCAAGUUUGUUAUAACAGUAAAAUAUUAGAUGCCAAUAAAGUAUUACAUAUUUCAAAAUAUUAUACAUACGGUAUUUCAAAAUCCUUAGAAAGAUGUGUUGGGGGUUUUUUUUCCCCUGUUUGGCAGAUACCUAUGCUGUCAGGAAGUGUUGGGUAUGGUUUAAACUCAGUCCAAUUGUCAAAAAUAAACUCCUGAGCUUUUACAAUCUGCGCUGAAAACAUUUAAACCAGAAUUAAAUUAAGAUUAAAUUCUUUGCAUGGAUGGUUUGUGCAAAUGAACAGAUAGUAUGGAUUCUAAUCAAAAGGGGAAAAUGUUUUUCAGUCUGUUCUUGGCAAUUUUAAUGACUUUAGGUUUUGAAUUUCCAACAUGCAUCAUUUAUACAGUACAAUUAGGCUUUGUGGUUAGCGUGCUAAUUUAAAAAGAAUGUGCUCUAGUUUACAAAUAAAUAAAAUAUAGUUUAACAUACCUGAAUACAACAGAUGCUAUAUGAAAGCAUCUAGAAUAAUAACUGUAAUUAAAACGUUCAGCAAAAACUCAGCAUCGUUUUAACAACAUGUAAGAGAUGCUAAAAACCUUUAAAUACACAUAAUCUGAUUAUUAUAACAUGUCUCAUUUCACACACAUCACGAAUUUAGUUACAGAAAAGAAUUUAGCUAGACACACUGUUUAUGUUUGAUAAUCUGUGCACUUGAAAGCAUUACAAAUAAAACAUUUAGAAUAUAUAGUUAUCUAUAUGCUAGUCUACUUCUAUACUCUCUCGACUGGAUUUCAGGUACCACAGAAAAAGUUGUCACUCCUUGAAACCAGGCCAAAUGUGCCUCAGUUAUUCUUUGGGACACAUAGUAGAAGUUGCUCUGGCUUUUAAAAAUACUCUAUUUUUAGAAAAAGGUUCUUUUACCUCUGUCUAGUUUGUGAACUAUGACAAAGAUUAAUCAUAAGAAACCCAAACAUUUAUUAAA